UAUUCAAUCAUAACCAACGUUUACAAAAACAUGAGUAGAGUGAUGUAAAUUUUUAUAAAUAAAAAUUUAAUAAUUUCAGAAUUGAUAAUAAUUUAGCGAAGAAGUUUAAUUAAAAACAUUUCUAUUUAAAUAAUGUGCUUACAAAAAUGACCUCUAAGAUUUAAUAGCUGCUCUGUUUAAUGAACACAAGAAAAAUUGCACUUAAAUAAUAUGACCCAAGUUAUAAUGAUAACAUAAUUUUUUUAAUAAAAGGAGAAAAUAUAAUCAUGAUUGCAGAAUAUGAAUCUGCUGUUGUAAUUAGGGCAAAACCAGUUCGCAAAGUAUUUAAAGCCCCAAUCAAAGUUAAUAAGAUACCACAAGAACUUUUAAAUGAUCCUUUAUUGAAUGCAGCCAUUGCAGCAUUGCCUAAUAAUUACAACUUUGAAAUACACAAAUCUAUAUGGAGAAUCAGAGAAACUAAAGCUAAUAAAGUCGUUUUGCAAAUGCCUGAGGGAUUAUUAAUGUAUGCAACUACUAUAGCUGAUAUUAUUGAAAAUUUUACUGAUGCAGAAACUAUUAUUAUGGGUGAUGUGACGUAUGGUGCAUGUUGCAUAGAUGAUUACACAGCUAAGGCAUUAGAUGCAGAUUUUAUGAUUCAUUAUGGACACUCUUGUCUAAUACCAAUUGAUCAAACUAUUGGAAUAAAAGUUCUAUAUGUAUUUGUUAAUAUAAGUAUUGACAUUGUACACUGUAUAGAAAGCAUUAAAGCUACUUUAUUAGUUAUUUCAAAAAUAUCACUCAUUAGUACAAUACAGUUUGUAGGAACGUUACAAGCUAUUGCAACGGAAUUGAAAAAAAAUGGAUAUGAAGUUUCUAUACCGCAGAGUAAACCAUUGAGUCCAGGCGAAAUUUUAGGUUGCACUGCACCGCAAACACAUUGUGCAGAUGCUAUUGUUUAUAUAGGAGAUGGUAGAUUUCAUCUUGAAGCUGCUAUGAUUGCAAAUCCAAAUUUACGAGCAUUCAGAUAUGAUCCUUAUGAAAAAAAGAUGACAGAAGAAUUCUAUGAUCACAAAGAAAUGCGCGAAAGAAGACUCUUGUCGAUAAAUCUAACAAAGAGUGCUAAAAUAUUUGGAAUGAUACUUGGGACUUUAGGUCGGCAGGGACAUCCGAAAAUUGUGGAUCAUUUACAAAAUAAGUUGAAAGCUCUAAGGAAGGAAAGCAUUAUUAUUUUACUCUCAGAGAUAUUCCCAGAUAAAAUUAAAUUAUUCAAAAAUGUAGAUAGUUUUAUACAGGUUGCAUGUCCACGUCUCAGCAUUGAUUGGGGUAUUAAUUUCCAUAAACCUUUUCUUACACCCUAUGAAGGUGCGGUCGCUCUAGAGAUGGCUGAAUACGAUAGAAAUCAAGCAUAUCCUAUGGAUUUUUAUUCUGCAGCUAGUUUAGGCCCAUGGACUCCAAACCAUAAGGAGUUUGAAUUAGAGAAACGUGUUAAUACGUGUUGUGGUAAAUGUAAAACUGGAGAAUAAGAAAUAAAAUAUUUUUUAAAGCUUGGAAA